GGAGUGAACGUGAACUGGCCAGAAGGGGAAAAAAGAAAAAGCAGAAGGACUUACGUCGAAACAAGUGUAUGUUGAUUUUUAUGUCACAGAGUUACAGCCGAGAAACAUAAGUCAUCGUGAUUAAGAACUGUGAAAGCCCGCUAACUCAAGGUGACCGACAAUGGCUGUGAACGUGUACUCAACCUCUGUGACCAGUGACAACCUAAGUCGUCAUGACAUGCUGAUCUGGAUCAAUGAAUCUCUACAGAUGAACCUCACCAAGAUAGAAAUGUUGUGUUCAGGUGCUGUCUAUUGCCAAUUCAUGGACAUGCUUUUUCCCAACUCUGUGCCUCUGAAGAAAGUCAAAUUUGGUGCCAAGCUGGAGCACGAAUACAUCCACAACUUCAAGCUUCUGCAGGUUGCUUUCAAAAAGAUGGGAGUUGACAAAAUCAUUCCAGUAGACAAACUGGUAAAGGGGAAGUUCCAGGACAACUUUGAGUUUGUUCAGUGGUUUAAGAAGUUAUUUGAUGCAAACUACGAUGGGAAGGAGUAUGAUCCAGUGGAGGCACGGCAGGGCCAGGAUGCCAUGCCCACACCUAGCCCUUCCCCAUCAGCUCUCAACAAACCACCUAAAAAGGCCAUCAAUCAAGCUCCUCAGAGGCCACCUGUCGCCAAGGUAGCACCGAAGUUGGCUCCUGUUAGUGCAAGGAAGCCAGGGAUGGGAGGAGCUGGUGAGGAGAGGGCAGAGCUCCUAAAUGAGCUGGAGACAUUGAAAUCUGCGAUUCAGGACAUGGAGAAGGAGAGAGACUUUUAUUUUGGUAAGCUGCGGAACAUUGAGCUGAUUUGCCAGGAGAAGGAAGGAGAGGGUGACCCCACACUGCAGAGGAUUGUAGACAUCCUCUAUGCAACAGAUGAGGGUUUUGUGAUCCCAGAUGCUGAGGAGCAGGAAGAGUUUUAAUAUUCAAGACUGCAAGCAACUUU